AUGAGCACGCAACGGCUGCACCGGGCGGCAGAGGAUGCGAUCAGGAGAUCCUCGGCUGUCAGGAGGGUCCUGCAUGAGAGAGGAUCGCCCAUGGUAGGACGAGCCCAGAGCUCCCUUGCCUCCUUGGGGAGAGGGUUCGAGGACAAGAUCAGCUCAUACCGAGAGGUUGCAAGAGCGAUCAUCGAGGAAGACAACGAGCUGAUCAGAAGAGUGAACAAGGAUGGUGACUCGACCUUCUGCGGCACACUGGAUACUUCCCUUGUUCACUUUCAAGAGGCUCUGGACGAGCAAGGAAAGAAGUUGGCGAAGUACAAGCAUGCUGUCAAGCUCCUGAUCAAUCAGCGAUGGGACCGUGUCGACAAGUCUAACGCCUUCGCCUCCUGGCGCCAUAGUGUCCUGGUACCUGAGCAGGUCAAGAAAGUGGCGUCACUGCUGUCAAGGAGGUCGAGGAUGAACUUGAAGAGAAGGGCGCUUGCUAUAUGGUCUUUUCAUGCUGCCCGGUCAAAGUCAAUGUCACUGGCCGUCAUGCGCAGGGAGGAGCGGGGGAGAGCGAGCUUGUUGGGUAGAGCUUUCGCUUCCUGGCGCUACAGGGAACCGAAUGACGGGCAGCGUCGUCAGAUUGACAAGGUGAAGAUUGAGCUGGAGAUUGUGGCCCUCUAUGCAGACUUGCAGCGGGUCAAAGAUGAAAUGGAUCAGCUCGUGAAGGAAGAGAUGAAAGGGGCUGAAGGAUUGCAGAUCAGACGCAGGGCUGAUGGGGUCAGAGCUGCAAGUCCAGAGGAAGGUGGAGAAGAAGAGGACGACGUCAAGAAACAAGAACACAUUACAGAAGAAGUAGUCGACAGGAAGUAUGAUGAGCUCAAAACAGAACAGGUUCCAGUGAAGAAAGACAAAGAACAUGUUCACGUGAACAAAGCAGUUCAAACAAUCGAGCACUUUCGUGUAGAGAAAGAACAGCAUACAUCAGAGCAGGCCCAAGAGCAGGAAAAAGGACAAACAACUGAGCAGGUUCAAGAGAAGCAAGAAGAGCUCAUAGCAGACGUGGUGGUGCCAGAGCUCGUGUAUGUGGAUAAGAUCCAGCAGCUGCAGGAAGAUCUAGAUAACUUGAACGUUGAAUUGCAGAAAGCUCUACAAGGGAAGAAAACGCUGGAGGAGGAACUGAAGACUUGCAGGCAAUAUCUCAACAGGAAGUCAGAGGAGCUGGGAGAUCUGCUGAGAGAGAACCGUGACGACCUGGAGAAAGCGGGAGCAGCAGUUGCUGCAGCUGAACUUGCAGCACAGAGCAUGUCGCGCCUCCGAAGUGAGCGAGUGGCGUUUGACGAGCUGGUCUACUGGAAGAGGGAGUGUGAGAGGUUGAAAAAUGAGAUCAGCACGCUCUCUUGGGAGCGACGGAUCAGCUGGUGGAUGAAGGAGAGCAAGUCAAGUGAUGGCAGGGAGGAAGAGAUGAAGACAGUCUGCUAUCGCCUGAUAAAGAUGCUGACGACGAAGGAGCUGCAGAUUCAGCUGCUGUUUCAACGUCAUGACCGUGUGCUGAAGCAAGCAAGCGAUGCUUUCGAGCUACUCAACGAGCGCUUUGUCCUCGAAUACAACAAUCAUCAAGUCUAUCACACUCCACGCGAGAGGGAGUACAUCAUCGCUGAAUGCAAGGAGAUUGUAAAGGACUUUCAUGUCCGCUUUGGAAACCUUCUCCUGCACAAUGAGAACAACAAGUACAGGAUCCUAGAGGUGUUGGCAGGGAAUGGAGACGAGAGUGUCGAGUACGACGCUCUUUCUAGAGAUCUUCCCCUUGCUACUGCCUGCAGAGACUUCUUCAAGUCCCCGCACCUGCGCACGAGCAUGGAUCUUGUGAGGAGAGAAUUGCAGUCGGUGACGGCAGAAGUCUCGGAGAUCAUCAUGAACAGCAGGGAAACUCUAGUCAAGGCUCAAAUAUACCAAGAGGCGAGUCCAAACAAGCCCCCCUCGCUCGCCUUCGGGGGACCCCCUCUCCCUCCAUCCCGCGAAGCAGAAAAUUUGAACCUCUCGCGGGAUGUGACGCAGGUGAAGAGGCAGGAGAGCCUGAGCGACUCGAGGCUGCAGGUGGACAACAUGCUGGACUCGAUGAUGGCGGAUAUGGCGGACCAUGACGAGCAAGUGUCCCGACCUGCGGAAGGAGGUGAAGGUGGUGUUGAAGCCUUUGACAGGGGAGCCUCUGUGUCAGGCAAGGCUGUCCCCGAAGCUGACUUGCAGCAGAGAAUCUUCUCAAUCCAGAGAGCUUUCUCGCUGGUUCCUGCGAUACAAGAAAUCCUCAAGGAUAUCGCGGAAGAGGCAGGAGGUCUGCUCGCGGCUGCUGAACUCUUGACGAGGGGGGGGGCUGCAGGCCGGGCCAUCGAGAGCCAGUCGGCCGUUGGCCCGCUCUUGCCCGGGGUGAUCUCCUCUGCCUUGGAAGACCUGGAAGAAGUUCUGCAGCUUCAGAAGCUUCGGAUCCUGGCGAUUAUGGAGGAGGACAAUGUCGACAUCGACUUUCUGCUCGGCGAGCUGAUCCAUGUCCAGAAAGAAUGUCUGCGCAUGGAAGGAAUAAUCGAAGACUGCCGGAUCGAGUGGACGAAUCGCCGCUGGGUGGAGAAGGCAGGAACUGCUGGGCCCCUCCUGGGAGAAGCCAAGUUACGCUCCAAGGUCGCACGAGGCGUGGAGGUGCUGACAGGGGAGCUGGAGUCUGUCAAGAAGGACGUGGGGCGGAUCAUGGACCGAGUGACGAACGAGGAUGGGGAGGAGGUGGAGAUGUCUCCGACGACAGCCUGGAAGGAACUGCACUGCCUUCGCUGUGAAGACUUACAGGGAGCGGUGGAAGAGGCGGAGGAGAGGGCAGCUGCCCUGGAGCAGGAGGUGCGGGACUUGUCCAGUCUCGCCACAAAGCUCAACGAGAGUCGACAACUGUCAGAGACUCUGAACCGUCAGCUUGCCAACCUUGACAGCGUCCUCAACGAGCUGGAGGAGGAGAAGGUUGAGCUGGCGGACGAGUGCCGGCAGCUCAAAGAGGAGAACAAGAAGCUGAUUGACGUCAACACUCAGCUGCAGGCCGUUAACGCCCACCUGAUGGACAAGCUGGACAAGAAGCUGAAGAAGUAG